AUGGAGACGGCGGAGAGCUCCGUGAUGACGGAGAUGCUCCCGCCCUCCGAUUCCAUCGAGAAUCGGGGGAUCACGGUCCUCCGAAGUCGGGAGGAGCUUCGGAGGAUCGUGAUGGCGGAGGCACCGGAGGCGGCCUACUGCUUGGCCAGACUCGAUGUCGACGUCGAGUGCUGGGCCGGCCCUGCAGGCAAGCCCGGGGAGAAGGUGAACGAGCUAAUGUGCCGUGCCGGCGCAGACGACGACGCAUGUGCCGUGAUGGCGCAGACGACAGCACGAGCGACGAAUGUGCCGUGA